ACUUAGCAGCUCUCUCUCUCUGCACUCCCCAACCCCAAAAAAGUCUUCUUUUUUUCCAUUGCUUUCCCACUCUUCAACACAACACACUGCUUCUUUAUUCUCUCUCCUCCGUUGUCGUCUUCCUCCUGCCUUUUUCUUUUCUCUGUAACAAACACACAACACAGAAUCAACCCCCCUCAACCAGCUGCUGCUGCUGCUUCUUCUUCUUCUUCCUUGCUUUUUCUUGUGUAAGUUCUUGGAUUUGCUCCAACGGUCACUAAGUUGGAGGACAUGUCCCCUUUCCUUCUGCUUUUCUUUCUUCUUUGCUGCAACUCUCUUGCACCUCUUGUUAAUUCCCUCAAUGCCGAAGGCUAUGUGCUCUUGACGCUUAAGCAGUCCCUUCAAGACCCACAAGGCUCCAUGGUCACUUGGAAUUCUUCCCAUGACAACCCUUGUUCAUGGAAUGGGAUUACCUGCAAGGACCAAACUGUUGUCUCCAUUAGCAUCCCAAAAAGGAAACUUUAUGGUUCUCUCCCUUCAGCUCUGGGAUCUCUCUCCCAGCUCCGCCACCUCAACUUCAGGAACAACAAGCUCUUUGGAACCUUGCCUCCUCAGCUUUUUCAAGCUCGGGGGCUGCAAAGUUUGGUGCUUUAUGGCAAUUCCUUCUCUGGGUCUGUUCCCAGUGAGAUUCAGAAUCUCAGGUACCUUCAAACUCUUGACCUGUCACAAAAUUCCUUCAAUGGGUCAUUGCCUGCUACAAUUGUCCAAUGCAAGAGGCUCAGAACCCUUGUUCUCAGUAGAAACAAUUUCACUGGCAUUUUGCCUGCUGGAUUUGGUACUAGUUUCUCUUCUCUUGAGAAACUUGACCUCUCUUUCAAUCAAUUCAAUGGUUCAAUUCCUGCAGACAUGGGUAAUCUAACUAGCCUUGAAGGAACUGUUGAUUUGUCUCAUAAUCAUUUUAGUGGUUUAAUACCAGCUAGCCUUGGUAACUUGCCUGAGAAGGUUUACAUUGAUCUUACUUACAACAAUUUGAAUGGUCCAAUACCACAAAAUGGUGCUUUAAUGAAUAGAGGACCAACUGCUUUUAUUGGUAAUCCUGGUCUGUGUGGCCCUCCUUUGAAGAAUUCAUGUGCCCCUGACACUCCAGGUGCUAGUUCACCUUCCUCAUUCCCGUUCAUGCCUCAUAAUGACUCAUCUCAGGAUAAUGGUAAUGGUUCUGGGAAGAGUGAGAAAAACAAAGGGUUAACUAAGGGUGCUGUGGUUGGCAUUGUUGUGGGUGAUGUGAUUGGAAUUUGCCUUUUAGGUCUUCUGUUCUCUUAUUGCUAUUCAAGGGUUUGUGGUUUUGAUCAGGAUCAGGAUGUUAUUGGUGUUAGCAAGGGGAGGAAAGGAAGUAGUAAAGAGUGUUUCUGCUUCCGAAAGGACGAAUCUGAGGCCUUGUCUGAUCAUGUUGAGCAGUAUGAUCUUGUUCCAUUAGAUAGCCAAGUGGCCUUUGAUUUGGAUGAACUUCUUAAGGCAUCAGCUUUUGUUCUUGGGAAGAGUGGAAUUGGAAUUAUGUACAAAGUGGUGCUUGAAGACGGGCUUGCAUUGGCGGUGAGAAGAUUGGGGGAGGGAGGUUCUCAAAGGUUCAAAGAGUUCCAAACCGAAGUAGAGGCAAUAGGAAAGUUGAGACAUCCAAACAUUGUGACUCUCAGAGCUUAUUACUGGUCUGUUGAUGAGAAGCUUCUCAUAUAUGAUUAUAUACCAAAUGGAAGCCUGGCUGCUGCAAUUCAUGGGAAGCCUGGACUAGUUACAUUCAGACCGCUAUCUUGGUCUUAUCGAUUGAAAAUCAUGAAAGGAACUGCAAAAGGAUUGGUCUACCUGCAUGAGUUUAGCCCCAAAAAGUAUGUUCAUGGAGACCUGAAGCCAAGUAACAUCCUUCUUGGACAUAACAUGGAACCCCACAUAUCUGAUUUUGGACUCGGGCGCCUUGCAAAUAUUGCCGGAGGUUCCCCAACCGUGCAAUCCAGCCGAGUGGCCGCUGAGAAGCCGCAAGAGAGACAAAGGAGCUUGUCCAUAGAACUUACACCUAAUAUCUUGGGGAAUGGUUACCAGGCUCCAGAAACACUAAAAGUGGUGAAGCCAUCACAGAAGUGGGAUGUUUAUUCAUACGGUGUGAUCUUGUUGGAGAUUAUCAGCGGAAGGUUACCAAUUGUGCAAGUUGGUAACUCGGAAAUGGACCUUGUUCAAUGGAUUCAGUUCUGCAUUGAGGAGAAGAAGCCACUCUCAGAUGUGUUGGACCCAUAUUUAGCUGAGGAGGCAGAUAAGGAAGAGGAGAUAAUUGCAGUGUUGAAGAUUGCAAUGGCUUGUGUCCAAAGCAGCCCUGAAAAGAGACCUACAAUGAGGCAUGUGCUUGAUGCUUUGGAUAGAUUAUCUGUAUCCUCUGAUUGAGCUGUGAAAUUGUGAAUGCAUUUCAUUUCUUAAGUUUUUGCUUCUCUUUUUAAUUUAACACUCUGGUUUCGUUUAAGGUCUUCAAUCUGCUAGGAUUUUCAAUGGUUUGGCUAGAAGUAUGAAGAAGCCCUUGUGAUUAAAGUACUAGCUAGUAAAGAAAUAAAGCAAUUUGU